AUGCCCCUGAAUUCGGCUUGCAUAUCCACAGGUUUGCCGGUCGUUUUUUUGGAAGCUCGUAUGCAUGGGUGUCAUCAGGCGAUUCUGUCUCAGCUUGGAUUCUCAUUGGACUUCAAUCAGUGCAGUGUUGCUUUGUUCAGUAAGUUAAAUGUCGUUCUUUGUUUUUAUUGUCAUUUGUUUUUCUAGUU